CCAUCAUCUUCCACGCUCUGCGUUCGUCUGUCCCCAGCAAUCGCUCAAGUGCGUUAGGCACAUCGACUUCUCUGGAUCUCGCCAACUUAUUAGCGUCUCAUCUCAUCAACAAGCAACCGACCAGUGCCGCCGAACUAUUGCUGAACGCAUUCGCAUACACGAUGGCUCCAGUAGCUGACCCCGCACCCAAGCCCAUCGACUGGGCUGAUGAUGGAGACAUUGAUGAUGAUGCCAUCCCACCCGUGACACCUGGUCUGCCACCCAGGGAGGAACGAGAUGAGGGCAAUGGCGUCAAGGUCAUUGUCGAAUACAAGUUCAAUCCCGAAGGCAAGAAAGUCAAGAUCACUCGACGCAUCAGGCGCACCCUUGUCACCACAAAGGUCAACGCUGCUGAGGCUGAGCGAAAGACGUGGGCCAAGUUUGGUCAAGAGAAGGGAAGGAAGGCGGGUCCUCACUCUAGCACCACCACGGUGGGCGAGAACGUAGCUUUGAAGUUCAGCGCUGGCUCCACAAAAAAGGACGAGCCAGAAGUGGACGAGCAGGCAGCGCUGCGAAAGCAGCUGCAAUCCAAGAAGAUCACCUGUCGUCUCUGCAAGGGAGACCAUUUCACCUCCAAGUGUCCCUACCGCGAUACUCUCGAAGCCAUUCCAGGAGCAGCCGACACUGGCGCCGAGCCAGAAGUCUCGGAUGCUAUCGCCGACCCUACAAAUCCUGCUGUGGCUGCAGGCUCUUCUGGCGCUGGUGGCAAGUAUGUUCCUCCUUCUAUGCGUCAAGGUGCGAACCGUGGUGCAGGCGAGCGCAUGGGUGGACCUAUGAACAGGGAGGACAUGCCUACACUGCGUGUCACGAAUCUCAGCGAAGAUGCAGACGAGGAGGAUUUGCGCGAAAUUUUCUCCAGAUACGGAAGAGUUAUCCGUGUCUACAUCGGCCGAGACCGCGAAACUGGCGAGUGCAAAGGCUACGCCUUCGUCAGCUUCGAAAGCAGAGAUGACGCCGACAAAGCCAGACAAAAGGUGGACGGCAAAGGGUAUAGCAACCUCAUCCUGUCGGUCAAUUGGUCUCAGCCUCGUGGGGAGCGACCAGGCGGUGCUUAAUUCUGUGCGACGUUCUCAAGGUGUACCUCGUAUCUCGCGUCUCGCUCGUCUGUACCUUGCCAAAAGCAUGUCGCGUCUCUGCAGCGGGCAUCACCCCUUCCUGACGAUUGCAAUGCCGAGACGCGCAAUUUUUCUGCUGCACUCAAUUUGGCCAC